UAUUUUCACUGCCCUUGUGCUAUGCGUCAACGAUGAGCAAUUAUUGUUGAAGAAGACGCUAACAGAAGCACUGGUGCCACAAGGCAACAAAGAUUCCAUGGAAAUUCAGAGACCAAAUUCGAAACCUUACACCAUGAAAGAGUCUGCAGUAGCAGUUCAGCCAGGGGAACAACAUCCCAGCAAGGAGAGGGGUGGCUUCAGAACUCUUUUCAGGAUCAAGCACAAGGAGCAAACCCAACCGAGCAAAGAAAACAGAUUAAAGUCCACAUGGAGCACCAAAGACAGCCAUAUAUGUAGAGAAACGCCAGAUCGGCUCAGCAGCUGCAGAAGGAGGCGGCAGACUCUUCAGUGUCUCGUUCACACUUUCCAGAAUCGUCGUCGAUCCCAGCGAGUCCCCACCAAGAAGUCGGCUCCAACCUGAAAAAUCUGCCAUCUGUCCUGUUUCUUUUCCAAAUCCAAAGGCGUUUCAGGUUAAUCUGGAAAUGAACUUGCUAGUGUUCAGACUAUAAAUUCUGGAGAAACAAGUGGGAAAAUUUGUAUUUUUUAGAUGCUAUAUAAGUUAAUUAUCACGUCAUAUUGACAUGAAUCUUGUGUGUAUAAAGAAUCCUGUUUAGACUUUGGACAGGGGAAAGGAAAAAACUCCUCCAUAGAAGACUACACCACAUCUUUUGACUGUAUGCUAUUAAUUGUCUGCAAUGCAAGAGAAAGAACAGAAAGAAAAGAAAAUUUCAAUGUAAUUUUAUGUGAACAAAAUGCCGUGGGUCAAAGUCUACUUCUAGUCUUUAUAUUCCCCUGAUUUACGUUUCAUGCUUCUUGAAUUUUUCUAAAUGGACUUUACAGAUAAAAACAUAAAAGUUAAUACAUGACUAGACCAUCGACUUUGAGUUUAACCAUCAAUAUGAAUAUAAUAUAAUUUUUACAAGGACUUUUUAUUUCUGAAGGACUCUAGAGUUAGUCCUUUCACUUGAAAUUUCAUUAUCAUUCUUGAUAGCUUUGUUGGUUUCUUAGUUCAUAUUCUGAAGAAGGAAUAGAAUAACCAUGUGUUAGUGUUUGUGAUUUGUGUUCUUUGUUCAUUUCGUUACUGUUAAAUUUCUUUGCAGCCACAUAACAAUUGCCGGUGCAUCAGUCGUAUAUCUGUCCCAUUUUGCAGCCCUGCAAUGGCUUUUUCAUGUUUUUUGUCAAGACAGAAUCCCAAAGUUCAUCCGGAUCCGUAUGAAGAUUCUGAUGUGGACCAGCUCAGAAGGUUUUCGCUGGAGGAAUUGCAGCUCGCAACAGAUAAUUUCAGCAAUGAAAAUAUUCUGGGCAGAGGUGGAUUUGGGAUGGUUUACAGGGGGCGUCUGGAUGAUGGUUCACUUGUUGCUGUAAAAAGACUGGAAAAUCAACUUACACCUUGUAAGGAACUUCAUUUUCAAACAACAAAGACCAUCCAGGCUGUGCUUGUGCAUCAAAAUAUCCUCAGCCUACGGGGAUUUUGCACCACUCCUUCUGAAAGACUACUCGUUUACCCCUAUUUGGCUAAUGGGAGUCUCGCGUCAUGCUUAAGAGAGCGACCUCUAUCACAGCCUGCACUCGAUUGGCCUACCAGAAAGCGAAUUGCGUUAGGAUCUGCAAGGGGUCUUGUUUAUUUGCAUGAUCAAUGUGAUCCAAAGAUUGUUCACCGUGAUGUGAAAGCUGCAAAUAUUUUGUUGGAUGAGAAUUUUGAAGCUGUCGUUGGGGACUUUGGGCUGGCUAAAUUGCUGCACUACAAUGAUACUCACAUUACCACUGAGGUAUGUGGUACAAUAGGGCAUAUAGCUCCAGAAUACCUCAGUUCUGGGACAUGCUCAGAGAAAACUGAUGUUUUUGGAUAUGGAGUUAUGCUUCUGGAGCUAAUUGCAGGACUGAGGGCUUUUGACCUUGCUAGACUUGCAAAUGACGAUGAUGUUAUGUUGCUUGACUGGGUAAAAGGUGUCCUGAGAGAGAAGAGUUUAGAAAAGAUGGUGGACCCUAAUCUCCAUGGCAAUUAUAUAGAAGCUGAGAUGGAGCAGCUAAUCCAGAUUGCAUUGCUCUGCACACAAAGCUUACCAUUGUAUCGGCCGAAGAUGUCUGAAGUGACAAGAAUGCAGGAAGAUGGAGGUUAUGAGUUGGCAGAGUGGUGGGGUGCAUUGCAGGAGAUGGAUACUUCUGAUCAGGAUUUGGGACUACCGUGUUACUUUAUUGCUGAUUCAACAGAACAGCUACCUCCAAUUGAGUUAUCUGGUCCAAGAUGAUGACGAUGAUGAUGAUUAUUCCUUUCAUACCUUUCUACAGAUGAAGAACUGACGCGUGUAUACAUUUUCAGAUUAUUUUGCCCUUUUUUUCGUAUGAACAAUGUAUAAAAUAAUAAUUAAAUUUAUAAUUAUUAUUUUACUAAAAAAGUUCUAUUUGCUAUUUUCAUAAAUAACAAUUAUUAUUAUAUUA